AACCACAGAAGAUAAUUUGUCACAUUUGACAUUCCUAAGUUCUAACCACAAACAAUUGUUCAGUAAAUUUUAAAUUUUCUUUUUUCCACGCUCAUAACAUGGAAAGUGCAUCUUCACAGAGAAUUGACCGAAAAAUCCCUGUUUGUUGUACAAUAUACGAAAAUUAUGUCUGGCUGUUAAAUUGUUACGUACUCGACUUUUUUACUGAAAGCCAUUGGGAGAAGUUACCCAAGAGUUGGCAAAAUUCACUCAAAAACUUGGAUUCUAAUGAAAUAUCCAAACUUCUAAAUUACGAUGAAAAACUGAGCGGCAAUGUUUGGCCCUUAUCUAUCCUAGCACUCAAACAUGUAUUGAAGUCUCUUUCCUUAUCACGAAAAACAAUAGACUUGGAUAUCCAAAAUCCGUUUUUCACUAAAGAUGAAAAGCUACUCAAACUCUUUUGGAAAAAUGUUAAAGCGAAAAAACGGCAUGAGAUAUCAGUCAUGUCAAAGAUUUGUUACGAUUCCGCUGUAAAAACAGACUGUUUUUAUAUUGUUGACAUUGGCUCUGGUCUCGGCCAUUUAAGCAGAAUGUUGAAUUACGGCUACGGAUUUAAAGUUUGCACAAUCGAAGCACAAGAACUGCUAAGUCAACAGGCCCAGAACUUAGAUAACGAAUUUGAGAUAGUCCUAGAGCGGAAAUUCCCAGGGUGCCUAAAGUACAAUAAAACCGUCCAUAUUAACAAAAGGAUUGAGUCAAAUAUCACAACGAACGAAUUUUUAACGACCAUUAGAAAUGCGAUGAAUUCCGAAGACGAUGACUUUAAAUUUGGAAUAGUUGGGCUCCACCCUUGUGGCGAUUUGGGGGCAACACUACUCAAACUGUACGCCCAGUGCCCCAACGCCCAGUUUAUAAAUAUCGUCGGAUGUUGCUACAUGAAACUAUCAACACUGCCCGGACCAACUCAGGGAUUUCCGUUAAGUCAGUUCUGUAAGUCCCGAAAUUACACUUUAAGUUACCAUUCGCGCGAAAUCGCGUGCCAUGCAAUUGAAAAUUAUAUCGAAAAACUGAAUCGAAAGGAGUGUUGGCGGCUGAAAAUCCACACUUACAGGGCUGCUCUGGAAAAGUUAAUUACACAAAAUUAUCCGAAAUACCGCCACUCGGCUCUAAACAGCGUCAAAUACAGCGAAGAUCUCACUUUUGAGAAUUACUGCCACAAAGCUACUGAAAAACUGAAAAUCGAUUUCGGCGACGUCAAAUUACAGAGUAGCGAAAUUGAAGAUUUAUUAGCGCAGUGGAGGGACGUCGUCGUGUUUUAUUCAUUGCGACUGCUAUUCGCCCCAUUAAUCGAGUCAAUAAUACACCUUGAUCGCCUUCUCUUCGUUGAAGAGACCGGCAACACCGGUCAAAUUGUGCCGGUGUUUGACGCCAAAAUUUCGCCCCGGACUCAUGUACUCACUGCCAGGAAAUCUGUGAUAAAUAAAACAAAUUGUACGUUCCUAAAAAAAUAACAUUUAUUUUGUGGAAAAAAACUUAGACUUUGGCCAACAUGAUAACAGUCCUGGAAGGUAUAUACACCUGCAAUAAACGGUUUAAGUGAA